UAUGUGUGUAGAAACCUUAGUGUUAAUAAGAAAUAAAGGACAAAUUGUAAAUAUCAAGGUUACAAAUAUACUUUUUGAGAAGAAGACUCGGUUUAACUGUUGUUUUGAUAAAAUCGAUAUACGAUUAUCGAGAAGAUUAAUAACCGCGUUUAUCUCGCGCGGAUUCGAUUAUCAUGCAAACCAUGUAUACAAGACAUCUACCUGUGCAGAGGAUUGUGUAUAAACAACAAACAAUCGAAAAACUAACUUUUAAGUCGGUGUUUUCGAUGGAAACUUUAUCUCGGGCUAUUCCUCCAUCUCUCAUUUAAAUCUACAAAGAUAAUAUAAGAUAUAGAACAAAAAAAAAAAUGCGACGUUAGUGCUCAUGAUUCGAAUACAUAUAACACAUAGCGCGUACGGAGAUUUAGCGGAGAUGCGGCGAAAGGAAGCCGCGCGAAGACUCGGAACAAUAAUGUAGUGAGAUCGCACGCGGUUACGAUGCGUAACAGAUUCCUCAGAUUAGUCGAAGGAAAUAAUACUCAUUUACUAAUGUUAUAUAUAAAACGGAUACCGAUAACGACAGCGAGUAAAAAAAAACAUAUAUAUAUAUAUAUAUAAAGAAUAAUGUUAGAACAACACGAGAUUCUGCUCGCGACGCGUCGACUCGGAUUUCGCUUCGUGACAAUCCGGUCGACACAUAGGUUUCACAGUGGAAAGCGAAUUUUCGGAGCGAGUUCUCUCUCCUUGCACAUAAAUGCUUUGCGAUGUGACGCUCUUGUCCUCUCUCGCUGUGAGACUUCCAUUCGUUCCGAACAUGUCGCUUUGCUUUUGACCGCGCGGAGCAGAUAAUAAAACAAAAAGAUAUAUUAUUGUCGUUAACGUUUUUAAACUUUAUUCAUGGCGUAUCGCGAUGAAUGAGAGUGAUGCGUGUGGCAAAUACAAGACUCGAAAGAAUGAUGAGACAUUAUAUAUAUAUAUAUAGAUUAUAUAUAUAAAAAAAAAAUAUAUAUAUAUAUAUAUACAGAUAUAUAUAUAUGCUCACGUGGGAGAGUAUAUAGUUAUAUAAUACUGUUAAUGGUAAUAGAAAUAUACAACAUAAUAAUAUAGCGAUAUAUAUUAAUUAUAAUCGAACGCGAGAGUAUUCGAGUGCAAAACACACGCGCAAACGUCGAAAACGUGAUUGGAACAAUGCGCGGGAUAAUUGAUACAAAUUAAUAAUUUCCAUUGUUCCGAGAGAAAGAGAGAAAUAAAUUUUGUGUAGAAAAAUCCGCGCAGAAUGGUCUGCAAAAGUGUUGUGGAGAGGCGUGGCAAUAUUAUUGCAAGCGAAAUAUUCUUGGUAAUAAAUAAACCGAAUAAACCUUCGGAUUUUGAUCUCCCACCCCCCCCCACUUUGUAACUUACGAAUCAAGAAUAUAAAACAAAAAAGUAUUGCGAUAUAUAGUUUUGUUGAAUAAUACAUAAUAAUAAUUCAUAAUAAUAAUGUGUACAGACUCUGAUAUACAUAUUUGAUUAAGUCGUGAUAUCGUUGAGACGUGAAAAAUCUGAAGGUCUUAUUGCUUAUUAUAUUACCGACGAGCAAUUUGAGAAGAUUCUUAAUACUAUUUGAUUAUAAUCGGUGAAGUGAUCGAAUAAAUAUAAUUUUCGUAAUGCAACACGAAAGAAAGUCUGUGGCACUUAAAUAGCCACGUGUCUGAAAGAUGGCAAUAAUAUUUCCGACAAAAUUGUGUCACGUAGUUAAUAUUAGCACUGAAUAUUUUUCAAAAAAAAAAAAAAAAAUACAAAGGUGGGAGUAGAUGAAAGAUAAUCAUACUAAGGAAUACGUCCAAAUUGAAUUGAAAAACAACAUGAUUGCGCGAAAGAUCUGAAAAUAGUUGAAUUAAAUAUUUUACACAUGUAUAGUUUUUCUAGAUUUUGCUAUAUUUAUUCAAGUUUUUUUUUUGUGACAAGUUUUGGUAGACGUCAACAAUUGUCUUUCACACGUGAAAAUAUGUUUAAGAAAAAAUAUAUUUUUUAAUUUUAUUUUCUAUCAUGUGGGUUUAGUCUGAUAUGUUUCUCAUCAGAAGAUCGAUUAUUGAAAAUUAUGAUUGUACAAUAUUAUUAUUUGUUAAUAGAAACGAGUUAUUAACGGUAAUUAACCGAGAUAACAAGCGUCUAUUGGACGCAGAGAAUGACGAAUUAGAUAAUUUAAUUACUGUUAUUGCAAGACCAUAUCAUUACGGUGUUAACUCUUUAGACGUUAAUUAAAAUAUUCUGUAUAAUUGUAGUAUUAUGCGCGUAAAAUAACAAUUGCUCCAAUUUAUCGUGUAACAUCAGUUCGCGAAACUUUUGCUGUAAAACUAGUAUUUCUAAUUAGCGAGAGGUAUUAUUAUUCGAUUUCUUUAUGAGCCAUCUUAUUGAAACUGUGAAAAAUAAAAACAGAAGAAAAAUGGAAUUUUCUUGUUUCCUGUUCAACUUAAUAAAAAUACCUUGCCUUUUAAUUAUGCGUUAUGGAUAUCAUAGUUUACGCAAUGAAUUACAUUACUUGAAAUUCUAGCAGGAAAUAUGUAUAAAAGUUUGUGGUCUUACGUCGACACGUCUGUACUUACCAAUACAAUUGUCAUUAUAUAACACGGUAAUACAAACUGUGUCUAAUGACGUAAUAAGCUCAUGUAGAUAAAUAAUAUCUGGAUUCUUUGUGAAAAAAAAAAUAACUAACAAUUUAUGUUAGAGUGUAAACCUCAAUUUAUUCUAUUUAUAUAUGUAUAUAUAUAUAAGUUGCAUGACAAACAUUCUUGUUUUUAACGUUAAAAUUAAGUGGUAUAGUUGUUUAAUAAAUAUCUAGAGAAAUGCAUUAAAAUCAUUUAAAUGUAUAUACAAUCUCUUGAAAUGAAAAAUUAUGAACGUUUCACGCAAUAUUUCAAGCGUGCGUAUUUGUAAGACAACUGACUGCAUAGUAGGAAACGCAACGACGUUUCUCAUUACAAUGAUUGCAUUAUUAUCUCAGAUUAAAGGUCUCUGUCGUAAACUAUGUAAACACAAACAAAGACAAAGUAGGUCGUGUACUUGCGACUUUGCGAGAUUAGAAUGUUUGUGUGAGUGUACACAGAAAGGGGUAUAUACACUUCUACGUGAAUAUUCCUUCACAACUCGUGUAUGCACGUGGUCUCGUGUAUACACGCAAGUCAGUCUAAGAAGAUAUCGCUAAGUGACUGCCGAUAUAUGGAACGGCGGAUCAGUUCAAAACCACCUGUCCUAGAAGGUGGAGCAUCUCCGCGAAGACUAAUCACUUAUCGCGGUGAUCGCGGAUUUAAUCUAAUCAUCGUCUUAAACACCAGCCCGUUUGUAGAUAUCUUGAAGAAGAAAUGGAUCGCAUUAAAAAAAAGAAAAAUAAGAGAGGCGGCGAAAAGAAAGUGCUGCUGUCCAUCGUCGAUCCUUGGGAUGUGAAGGUGGCCAGUGUCGAUCCGGUCGGACUGGCCGAACGACGAGGCGUCUCCUUGUCUGUUCUAUCUUCAAACCAGGACGAAGAUAUCGGCCGUGUCCCUCAGGAGUGGUUGACGUUAAACAGGUCCAGGAUACCGUCACCUUGGUACAAACCGAGCUCAUCAGGUCUCGUCAGUCCAGCCAAAUCCGAAGAAUCGACACUGAACGAUUCAACUUGGCUAAAUCCUUGGUAUUCGCCGCAGAGAUCACCUAUCGACAAGACUCACAACUCACCAUCGCCAAGACCAUCUAGAAUAAGAUUACGAGAGAGCAAGCAACAAAAGACCGACGAAACAAGGCGCAAAGUCGAGGCGGGCGAGGUCGACAACGGAUUAAUCAACGGCUCGCAGGAAAUUAGCCACGGCAGUGUCGACGAUGUGGACAGUACAGCGGUACGAGUGCGUUUCGAGAUUGACAAAGCGGAGAAGCCGCAGCGAAAUGGAGUGCGACGUGAGAACGGGCAGAAUGUCGAUGCGCCGCGAGUGUUGAUGAAAAUUCAGAACGUGAACAACAAUUCGAAAUCCGAGAAUGAACGGAGAGUAAACGCGAGACAGAAUUACGCGAACGGAGUGAGCGUGGAAAAGAGGAAAAGUUUAUGUAAAACGGACGAUGUGGAAAUCGGUGAGAAUGAAAGAAAUACGAAUAACGAACGGGACGAACGUGAUGAUUCGCAGAUAAUUGAAGAAAAGCCAGCGAUUAUCGACAUUAUUCAACAGUUAGUAGAAUCAAGGUACAUGUUGCAAACUGCGACAGAGAGAAGACUAAAAAGGAUGCCGUCAUGUCGUCAACAGGAAACUUCGAAGAAAAUAGAUCCAGUGGACACUUUCUCGAACAAAUUGAGUAAUAACGAGACCGUAGUUGGUAACAUAGCCAAUCAAGAAACCGUUAACGAAACGAAACCGACGAAGGCACUGCCAUUACGUGUUCAGAAUAUAAGGAAGACCAGCAUCUCUAUGCCCAGCAAACUCGACAAGAUGGACGAUCUUCGAAUAGACAGGCAAAAUGUAAGUCGAAUUUGUAUGUUAACAAUUACAAUUAUGCUCAACGUGUGUGAAAUCAUUCUUGUAAUAAUUUUCUUUUUUUAAAUAUCCUACUUUGUAAGUAAAAAUUGAUUACACAAAGAUAUGUUUUAACCAAAGAAAAUAACUUUGUGAUAAUACUUCAUAAAUAUGUAAAAACUAGAAUGCACAGGAUGUUGCCAACGACAAAAUUAUGCUACAAAAUCUAAACAUAUAUUUGUACAUAUAAAUAUAUAUUUGUUAAAGUUAAACAGCUCUUUAAAAAUCAAACAAUAACAUUGCGCAUAUUUCUCAUUCGCCGAACAAUCAUCGACUGUCUAACGACGAGAGAAAUGUUACUUAUAUCGUAUCUUCGUUUUUUAUCACAAGAGGACUUCAGUCUCUCCCUAAUUACCGUUCAUCUUUACUUUCGAAUCUCGUUAAAAUCAAGGAAAUAAUUUGGCUAAACUAAUUCCAAGUUAUUCUUGAGAAUGAUUAGUGAUUAUAUUAUGAUAAAUUACGAUACUGUCUUGUAAUUUGAAAAUCUUCUAUUGUGACGUCUUACGCACGUCACAAAAGUAUCAGUAAAAUAUCGGAGAAUCAACUGUUGGUAAUAUGUGUAGAAACGAUGUCAAGGAUCGUAAAUAUAGCUCCAUAUAUUCCUUGGAAAGAGCCUUGACUGGCGUUACUAGACUCAGAUCCGUCAUUCCAAAGGUGUGUUAAGAGCAAGACGUUGCAGGACGAGAUUUAGACAGUGCUAAGAUUUUUCAAAAAUAGUUUAGAACUUGUAUUACACACUACAUUGUUAGUUUAAAAUAUUUUAGAG